GCUCGACUGACUGUGAGCGCCCGCCUCUGGAGGACAUGCGCCGGGGACUCGACACGUGAUCCGCUCGCCACAAUCCAGUAUGGCGGAAUCCGUCGGCGAGUGGAUUCGUCUUUGGCGCGCUCUCCAACGGGAAUAAAGUCCGGAGCGGUGCGUCCGAUCGCGGUGGAGCUGCGGAGAGUUCAUUCUUAUCGAGCGAAGAGGAACCGACACACAGAGCUGGAUUUCGGCCAGAGGGGGCGCUAUGAGCCUCUGAGAUUGUCCUUUCUUUCCUGUCCCGCGUCUCUUUUGACUCGUCUUCCAAUUCAACAGUGGAUGGUGACCAGCCAACAAGCCCCAGAGGAGCCGUGAGGUGUUUCUCACAUCCUCAUCUGCCAGGACACACUCCUCUUAUUAUCAAGCCAGUCACUUCAGAGAAAGCCGCCACCGUCGCCACAAUGAGUUCCCACAGCCGCCCAGAUGGACUUCCCAGUAAAGAACAGCCACUGGAACUUCUGAAGCCAUCUGGAGUCAAUCACAUUCCUCCUGUUGAUGUGAGUGCGGUGCUGCCACUGCAAGUGCCGCCUUCUGCCAUCCCCAUGGACCUGCGUGUGGAUCACCAGUUCGCCCUGGCGCCGACGGACUCGGCUCAGCGCGAGCAGCAGCUGCAGCAGGAGCUUCUGGCCCUCAAGCAGAAACAGCAGAUACAGAGGCAGAUCCUGAUCGCAGAGUUUCAGCGGCAGCACGAGCAGCUCUCGCGCCAGCAUGAAGCGCAGCUGCAGGAGCAUGUCAAGCAUCAGCAGGACCUCCUGGCCGUGAAACAUCAGCAGGAGCUCCUGGAACACCAGCGGAAGUUGGAGCGCCAUCGUCAGGAACAGGAGCUGGAGAAACAGCAGCGGGAACAGAAGCUCCAGUUACUCAAAAACAAAGAACGUGGCCAAGAGAGCGCUGUGGCGAGCACUGAGGUGAAGAUGAGGUUGCAGGAGUUCGUCCUCAACAAGAAGAAAGCGCUGGCCCAGAGGAGCCUCAACCACUGCCUGCCCAACGACCCGCGCUACUGGUACGGGAAAACCCAGCACAGCUCCCUGGACCAGAGCUCACCACCUCAGACAGGGAUUUCCACUUACAACCACCCGGUGCUGGGAAUGUACGACCCCAAAGAUGACUUCCCGCUCCGCAAGACGGCAUCUGAGCCCAACCUGAAGCUGCGAUCCAGGCUGAAGCAGAAAGUUACGGAGCGCAGGAGUAGCCCGCUGCUUCGGAGGAAGGAUGGGCCGAUCACCACUGCAAAGAAGCGCUCUCUGGACAUGGCAGAAUCGGCAUGCAGCAGUGCUCCUGGUUCUGGUCCGAGUUCACCCAACAACAGUUCAAACAACAUUACCAAUGAGAACGGCAUCGCUGGAUCAAUCUCCAGCAGUCCAGCGGAGCCAUCUUUGGCGCACAGACUCACGGGCAGAGAGGGUCCUGUUAGCCAGCUGUCUCUGUACACAUCGCCCUCCCUUCCCAACAUCACCCUGGGCCUGCCAGCCACCGGCCCCUCCAGCGUGGCGUCUGGCCUACAGGAUGGUGACAGAAUGGCAGUGCCAGGCUUGCAGCCAGGAAUACCCAUAACCACUCCGUUCAUGCCAGGAGCCCACCUGCCUUCUUACCUGGCCGCGUCCACCUUAGAGCAGGAGGGCGGCUCGGCACACAACACUCUCCUGCAGCAUAUGGUGCUUCUGGAGCAGUCGGCCGCGCAGAACUCCCUGGUCGCAGGCCUGGGGGGCGUGUCCCUGCAGUCGCAUUCCAUCCACAAGCUCCGGCAGCAUCGGCCCCUCGGACGCACGCAGUCGGCCCCCCUGCCCCAGAAUGCCCAGGCGCUGCAGCAGCUGGUGGUUCAACAGCAACACCAGCAGUUCCUGGAAAAACACAAGCAACAGUUCCAGCAGCAGCAGCUUCACAUCAGCAAGAUGAUUGCUAAGCCGAACGAGCCGGGCCGACAGCAUGAGAGCCACCCGGAGGAGACGGAGGAGGAGCUGCGGGAGCACCAGGGGCUGGGCGACUCCACGGAGGCUCUUCCUCACGGGGUCACCAUCAAACAGGAACCUCCGGAUGAGCAGGAUGAAGAGUUCCAGCAGAGAGAGAUGCAAGCCGAGGAAGAGCUGCUCUUCAGACAGCAAGCUCUCCUGUUGGAGCAACAGAGGAUCCAUCAGCUGAGGAACUUUCAGGCAUCCAUGGAAGCGGCCGGUCUGUCUAUGACCUUCCCAGGCCACCGGCCCCUGUCCAGAGCACAAUCAUCCCCGGCCUCUGCGACCUUUCCCAUUGUGGUGCAGGAACCUCCAGCCAAACCGCGCUUUACCACCGGUCUGGUGUACGACACCCUGAUGCAGAAACACCAGUGCAUGUGUGGAAACAGUAACAACCACCCCGAACACGCCGGGCGCAUCCAGAGCAUCUGGUCACGACUGCAGGAGACGGGACUGCGCGGCCAGUGUGAGUGUAUUCGAGGCAGGAAAGCCACUCUGGAGGAGCUACAGACGGUCCACACUGAGCCUCAUGUGCUGCUUUACGGAACCAACCCUCUCAGACAGAAACUGGACAGCUCAGUGACACCCAUGUUCGUGAGACUGCCGUGCGGAGGAAUCGGGGUUGACAGUGACACUAUCUGGAAUGAAGUUCACUCGUCCAGUGCUGCUCGUCUGGCUGUGGGAUCUGUAGUGGAUCUGGUGUUUAAGGUGGCUUCAGGAGAGCUGAGGAACGGCUUUGCUGUGGUACGACCUCCAGGACAUCACGCUGAGGAGAGCACUCCCAUGGGAUUUUGCUAUUUCAACUCGGUCGCCAUUGCAGCCAAACUCCUGCAGCAGAGACUCAACGUCAGUAAGAUUCUCAUUGUGGACUGGGAUGUUCACCAUGGAAAUGGGACUCAACAGGCCUUCUACAGUGACCCUAAUGUCCUGUAUGUGUCUCUCCAUCGCUACGAUGAUGGGAACUUCUUCCCUGGCAGCGGAGCCCCUGAUGAGGUGGGCAUCGGGCCAGGCAUGGGCUUUAACGUGAACAUGGCCUUCACCGGAGGUCUGGAGCCGCCCAUGGGAGACGCAGACUAUCUGGCAGCAUUCAGGACGGUGGUGAUGCCAAUUGCGAACGAGUUCGCUCCAGACGUGGUGCUGGUUUCUUCAGGCUUCGACGCUGUGGAGGGGCAUCUGCCACCUCUGGGAGGAUACAAGCUCACGGCCAAAUGUUUCGGCUACCUGACCAAGCAGCUGAUGGGACUGGCCGGCGGCCGGCUGGUGCUCGCGCUGGAGGGGGGUCACGACCUCACCGCCAUUUGCGAUGCCUCUGAAGCAUGUGUUUCUGCUUUGCUUGGAAACGAGUUGGACCCUCUUCCUGAAGACGUGCUACAACAGAGGCCGAACCCCAACGCCAUUCACUCCAUGGAGAAAGUUCUGGAAGUCCACAGUAAAUACUGGUGCUCGCUGCAGAGAUCUGCCUCGACUCUGGGAUACUCACUGCUGGAGGCUCAGAGAUGUGAAACUGAAGAGGCAGAGACGGUGACCGCCAUGGCCUCCCUGUCUGUGGCCAACAAGCACAUGGGAAAGAGGACAGAGGAGGAGCCUAUGGAAGAGGAACCUCCAUUGUAGAAGGUCCGAUCGACUGCCUUGGUGACCCUCUCGGCUCAGAGCCUCUUCAAGGCCUCUGACGUCGCUCUACUCUCUCUAUCCGUUUCAUUUUUUUGUCCCACGAUGUGCUCGCUUUGAGCACGGGAUCUGAAACGGCCUGAAGAAAUCUCUGUGACACCCAGAGCGCGACAAACGUCUCAGCCGUGUAAGUCUGUCUCUGUCCGUGGCAGAACGUCCAGGACUGUUAAGCCUGGUCUGUCCGCAGGGACGCUUAACUUUUGAGCUGGACAUAGACUCACGUUUCAUUGUUAGAUGUGAGAGCUGGUGCUUUCGACAUGAACUUUUUCAUUAUUUUCCAGAGCCACUAUAUGACUGAUUUCGGCUGUUAUGGCCUACGUUUUUUAUUUGUCGUCUCUCUCUGUUCGUUUGUCUGUCUUUCUUUUAUUCUUGGAGAAAAAAUUGACUCGUUCCAUUCGCAAUUCGAGUUACUGCUUCACGAGGGUGGACGAUGUGUUCGGGAGAGCGAUCGAAGGAUUCUGGGAACCCCGACGGAGAGUCGACAAUGCGAGUUUGUGCCUUUUUCAAAAGAUGGAUCCAGAAGAACAUUGCCUUAAACUAGUUACAGGAGGGAAGACGUUUCGCCGUCUCGGUAUUUCUUGACACGCGACGGUCAAAGGCUGGCCUGAAGAAUCGAGAAACCCUCAGCAUGUUUACCAGGAACUCCCUGCAGAUAUCUUCAUGUUUCACACGAAUUAUGACCUGUUUUCUGUUCCUUCAUUUUUACUGGGCUUGUGUUGGACGUUACAUGACUCUUAAGUGUCACUGACAAACAAACUUUAAGGUAGUUGCCAGCUAUCCAAGGGCAAAACGUUCGAUUGAAUUCUCCAGCGCUUUAGACGGCAAGCCAAUGUAGCGACUCGUUUCAACUCUUAAUGACCAAAUACGCACCUCCUCCUUCUCCGAAAAGUUGGUCAGCAUGCAGCUUUCCAUCUGCCAAAUCGUAGUUUAACAGCGCCGACAAGCAUGAGUUUGCUGCGAGCAUAUAGGAUAGGGCUGCGAUGACCUCGUGUCAUACGAUUUGUAGUUCGAGACAAACUUUCUAUUUUUCCUUCUCACGACAUGUUGUACUUUUAUAUAGCUAUGAAUGUCUAGUAUUCCGGUUACUUUACAGUUAAUCAAAGGGCACUAGCGUAUCACUACUAUUAUUCUACUCAGCAGACAGUCAAUUUUAUUGACACCUUCGAAACAAGCGGAAAAGGGCUGGUUAACGAUUUUAAAUGUACCACUGAGCCUUCAGACGUGCCACCUGGUGAGAUUUAGCGAGGAGGGUUAUGGGCCUUUCGCUAGGGGCGGGUGCUACCGAACAUGUGCCCGUCACAUGACACAAUCCAGGAAGUAGCGGGACCACCAGCUUCCACUCAGAAAACAAUCGUAAAACGCCUCUGAGACGACUGUGAUACUCAGACAAUCUGCAUGGGACAUUGACGUAGUUUCGGAGCCGCGGCGGCGUUUCGAAGCGGCACAUAGAACUGUAUAUAUACGCAAUUAUGCAUGCUGACAGUAGAUCAUUUGGCUUGACUUUGAUUGUACAUUGAACUUUUCGAUUCUGGACUGAUGAAGAGGCGAUAAUUUGUUUGACAGCCCCUGACUCGUGUUUAGCCUCUCGGCAACUACCUUUGCAAUUCUUUUUCUGUGUGUCAUGUUCAAUAUGAGACGCAUUAAGGCAGGAGAUUUGACUCACCGUUGCCAUUGUUCCUCGAUUUCAUUUUUAUAUAUGCCUGUCACGUAUGACUACUCCACUUUGGGUUGGUGCCCGUUAUUUUCUUGUUUGUUUUACUUGCACGUUUGUCCUGUUUUUUUGUUGUCGUUUUGUUUUUUGGUUUUUUUACUUUUUGGAUUAUUUACUUGUUCAUUUGUCAGUCUUUAUGUAGUAGUUAGUUUCGUGUUUUAGAGAGUAACAAGCCUUUUUUAAUUGGUUUUUAUCUUAGUUUUUUUGUAUGAGGCGGGAGGGAGAUGCUUUUACUUUGUAUAAUGAUUCCGACAAUUGUGUAUUUACUACGUUCUGUUCAUAGUAGAUUUAUAUUACAAAGAUCUAUAGAUAUAUUAUAUAUUAUAACGAUUGCAGACUCGAAAAAGAGAACUAGUAUUGCAAAGUGAUAUAUUUCAGUAUGUCUCUGGCUUCGGCCGUCGCUGGUUCCACUGAAGGCACUGUUUAUUGGUUUCAUGCAUUCGCAGUAGCAUUACUCUGGCACCGUAAACUCUUGAUCAAACGGAUCUUCGUGGUUCCAGGCUUCAUUUUGCUCUUUAAACUCUAAAACAAAAACAUUAUGGACUGACACUGUACAUUUCCAUUGGUAAAAGUCCAUUUGGAUAGACCAGCUAGACUAGAUGCUGACAUCACAGUGAUCCUGUGGGGUACAUCUAAAAAAAUUAUUUUAGCGUAUUUUUAAAUGGGUUUGAAUUACUUUAGCCUGUCAACAACAUGUCCAGGUCGUAUUUCACCCAGAAAAAUACUUAAGAAAUUGCAUUUUGCUU